UCUAAUCUACUACAUAUUUUCAUUUAUCAUUGCAGAUAGUCACACUGUGAGCGGCGCAUUCAGUUUUAGAAACCCUGCGUUGUAAUCUCUCUUGGCGGUUUGAUAGGAAAACCCAGCUUCAGUUUUUUUCUUUAAGCUCAGCGUAAGCAGCAAGCAAAACAAAACACAUCAAAAUGUCUACAGUCGACAAAGAGGAAUUGGUCCAAAAGGCAAAGUUGGCCGAACAAUCUGAAAGAUACGAUGAUAUGGCUCAGGCUAUGAAAUCAGUCACAGAAACCGGUGUUGAACUGUCAAAUGAGGAAAGAAAUUUACUCUCCGUUGCAUACAAAAAUGUUGUUGGUGCCCGCCGAUCAUCGUGGAGAGUAAUUUCAUCAAUCGAGCAAAAAACUGAAUCCUCCGCCAGAAAACAACAGCUCGCCCGCGAGUACAGAGAACGCGUGGAGAAGGAACUUAGGGAAAUUUGUUACGAAGUUUUGGGUCUUCUGGACAAACACCUUAUUCCAAAAGCCAGUAAUCCAGAGAGCAAGGUCUUCUACCUGAAAAUGAAGGGAGAUUAUUACAGGUAUUUAGCUGAGGUGGCCACAGGAGACGCCCGUAACACUGUUGUAGACGACUCUCAAACCGCUUACCAGGAUGCAUUUGAAAUUAGCAAGGGAAAAAUGCAGCCAACACAUCCAAUCCGGUUGGGUUUAGCCCUAAACUUUUCAGUCUUCUAUUAUGAGAUUCUGAAUUCUCCAGACAAAGCUUGCCAACUGGCCAAACAGGUUAAUAUGCUAUAA